AAAGCUGUAAUAUACGCGCAUGCGCAUUGUUCUCACACAGGGCGGCACGUUGCGUCCAUAUCGUACUAGAAAACACCGAAAUAUUUCAUAGAAAACACCACCAAAAGGAUAUUUUAGCCAUCGAAGUUCGUGGAUUUGAAUCAUAAACGUUAUCAGUAUGUACGGGGGCGAAGACUACCAAGAGUAUGACCAAUAUGGCCAACAUCCAUAUGGGCCUCCAGAAUCGUAUGAGCUGCACACAGGUGACCCCCGUGCUGAUCUGGAGUACGAGCGUCAGUUCCAGCAGGCCCCGCCGGCGUAUAUCGUACCCGACGUCAUCAAACGCUUCAUCGAAUACUUCCACAAGUGUGUGACAGACGGGAAUGUCUUCGAAAUUGGCAACAUCUAUGAGAACAGCUUCAACAAACUGACAGAAAGGUUCUUCAAGACAUCCCCCUGGCCUGAGGCAGAGUACAUCAUGCCUCUAGUCAAGAAUGACACUGUGUUCCUGAUUCUGUACAAGGAGCUGUACUUUAGGCAUAUCUAUGCCAAAGUUCAGGGGGGACCAAACUUGGAGCAGAGGUUCGAGUCAUACUACAACUACUGCAACCUGUUUAACUACAUCCUCAACCAGAAGUCUCCGGCACCGUUAGAACUGCCCAACCAGUGGCUGUGGGACAUCAUUGACGAGUUUAUCUACCAGUUCCAGUCUUUCACACACUACCGCAGUAAGCUCAGCAAGAAGGGCGAUGAUGAGAUCAUGAUCCUCCGCUCCAACCCCAAGAUCUGGAACGUACACAGCGUGCUGAAUGUGUUACACUCGCUGGUGGACAAGUCUAGCAUCAACAGGCAGCUGGAGGUCUUCAGCAGUGGAGGUGACCCUGACAGUGUAGCUGGAGAUUUUGGUCGCCACUCCCUGUACAAGAUGCUGGGGUACUUCAGUCUGGUGGGCCUGCUGCGCCUCCACUCCCUGCUAGGGGACUACUACCAGGCCAUCAGGGUCCUGGAGAACAUUGACCUCAACAAACAGGGUCUGUACUCUCGAGUGCCAUCAUGCCAGAUCAGCAUGUACUACUACGUGGGGUUUGCGUACAUGAUGAUGCGGCGCUACCAGGACGCCAUCCGUACCUUCACCAGUAUCCUCCUCUACAUCCAGCGCACCAAGGCCAUGUUCCAACGCCAGAGCUACACUUUUGACAUGAUUAUGAAGCAGAAUGAACAGAUGUUCAACCUGCUUGCUCUCUGCCUGACCCUGUACCCCAUGCGCAUUGACGAAAGUGUCCACUCACAGCUGAGAGAGAAAUGUGGGGAGAAAAUGAUCAGGAUGCAGAAAGGGGACAUGCAGGCCUUUGAGGACAGUUUCUCCUUUGCCUGUCCCAAGUUCCUGUCACCCGUGGCUCCAAACUAUGAAGCACCCCCUGCCAACUACCACAAGGAAGCGUUCAUGGCCCAGCUGAAGGUGUUUAUAGACGAGGUGCAGCAGCAGAUCGCCCUCCCCGUGGUGCGCAGCUACCUCAAGCUCUACACCACCAUGCCUGUCUCCAAACUGGCUGGCUUCCUCGACAUGACUGAAGAGGAGUUCCGUACUCACCUUCUGUGCUUCAAACACAAGAUGAGCAAUGUGACGUCCUCCAAGGGCACUGGGGGCCUGGAUGGGGAGUUUCAGUCUGCCUCUGAGGUUGACUUCUUCAUCGACAAGGACAUGGUUCACAUAGCAGACACGAAGGUUGCCCGCCGAUACGGAGACUUCUUCAUCAGGCAGAUACACAAGUUUGAGGAGAUGAAGAGGAGCUUUGGAGAGCUUCAAACCAAGAGCUGAUCAUCUGCAAAUUCCAACCAGUGAAUUAUAGUGUUUAUCAGAAGGAUCAUUGUUUCAGUGUUAGCUAUCUGGGAGCAAACACUGGUAAAAAGUGGUUCCUAAAACCAUGAGAUGACUGAGCAUUUGUUUUCAGUUUAUCAUAGGUUAUGCUUAAGGCCAUUACUAAAUAAAUGUAUACUUACAUAUAUAACAUAAAUUGGAAAGAAUAGACUGUGAAAAUAUGGAUUUGCACUACUUGGACUUUGAGUAUCACAAUUGCAGAUAUUUUUUUUAAUUAGGCAGAAUGGUUUCAUAUAACUCUUUCAGGUUAAUCUUUUGCCACAGAUAAUGAGCAAACAAGUUCAGUUGUCUGACCAAGCUUCAGUCUGUACUAUACAUUAUAUAUGGAAUGAAAUCGGCUUAACAUACAACAUACAGGUAUGACAUGAAGACAAUGCUAUCUCAUGGUAUCAAUGAGAACAAGGCACUUCAACAUGUAAAAAAAAAUCUUUGUGCUAAAAGUAUCAAUAAAUACUGGCAGUAUUCGG